AUGUCUGACAAUACGAAAACUUUUAAAACAUCUCCAUAUGGGGAGCGUGAGGGUCGACAUCCUUCUAUGCAAGACUUGAAGAAUCGACUCACCACAGAUGUCAGAGCGAAACUUGCUGAUACCACUGCUGCGUGUCCUGGUACCGCUUAUGUGGAUUAUGAUGGCAUAAUUCGAGACGUGUCGAAACAUGGGAAGCUGUAUCAAGACGCAGAAAAUGAAGAAAUCAUCAUCGGCCCUGAUGGUUCUGAUACCAAUACAUCUCGUUGGAAAGGCUGGACCACUGCUCAUGUCAAAACCACUUUCCACUUUGAGGAUAUUGUUGAGUAA